AUGGACUCAACUGAACUUUUAUAUAAAUUGCUAUCGAAUUCGAGGGUGAAAUGCAGCGAUUUGACCUCAGUGCAAGAGAAGCUGGCAAAAAUACAAAACGAUGGACCAAACGAAUUAUUGAUUCUUUCUGAUUUUGAUUACACGGCAACAAAGGCUUUCGAUGAGAAUGGCCGGAGAUGUUGGCCAACUUUAGGAGUUUUUGAAAUAUUGCUUAAUCAGAUGGAAGGUGGUUUAAGUGAAGAGCUGAAAAACGUUUUCACUCGCUACACUCCAAUUGAAUUGGAUCCAAAUUUGUGUGAUGAAGAGAAGACUCCGCAUAUGAUUGAAUGCUGGACUCAACUGCACAACAUUAUUCUAUCAUCUGGCUUUGAUCGAAUUGAGAGAUGGAUUCAAGGAAUGGGUUCGAUUCUUGUCAAAUCAAAACAUUCCAAUCUGCCUUUUUUCGACAAACUGUGGAAAUGUUAUCGAGAUUCCUCAAAAUAUAUCGAUUAUUGC